CUGAGGUUUAGGUCAGCUGACACCAAAGAUCCUGUACCGGAUCCUUGGCUGACAGUAAAGUCACCUGAUAUUGGAGCUUCAACCAAAGAUCAUAUUCCGCUCUACGAUCUUUGGCUUCAACUGUUUGCAACUGCUGGGCUGAAACUCGCCGACAACUGUUGGGAACAAGUGUAAACCAGCAUGUACAGUUCCUUUCUUCACGCACAUUUCUGCCACCCGUCCAGUUGCCGAAGGCUGUGAGCGUCUGUCUCUGAGCGAUGGAGUUUCUGGUUGUGCCUGUCGUGUUGCUGCUUGCCUCUUGCGUGCUGUCCCUGGACAACGGCCUAAUGAGGACCCCCCCCAUGGGAUGGCUGGCCUGGGAGCGCUUCCGCUGCAACAUUGACUGCAACGCGGACCCCAAAAACUGCAUCAGUGAGCGCCUAUUCAUGGACAUGGCAGACCGGUUGGCAGAGGACGGCUGGAAGGAGCUUGGGUACCAGUACGUCAACAUAGAUGAUUGCUGGGCCGCAAAGGAGAGGGAUUCUCAGGGGCUGCUGGUGGCCGAUCCUCUCCGAUUCCCCAGUGGAAUUAAAGCUUUGGCUCAAUAUGUCCACUCUAAGGGUUUGAAGCUGGGCAUUUAUGGAGACCUGGGCACGUACACCUGCGGGGGCUACCCUGGCACCACUCUGGACAUGAUCGACACGGAUGCUCGCACCUUCGCCUCAUGGGGAGUGGACAUGCUGAAGUUGGAUGGAUGCUACUCUAACUCAUCCGAGAAGGCCAUGGGUUAUCCACUGAUGUCGAGGGCAUUGAAUGCCACAGGGCGUCCAAUUGCCUUCUCCUGUAGCUGGCCAGCGUACGAAGGAGGAUUACCGCCUCGGGUGAACUACACUCUGCUGGGGGAGAUCUGCAAUCUGUGGAGGAACUACGAUGAUAUCAGCGACUCGUGGGAGAGUGUCCGGGGCAUCAUCAACUGGUACGGGGCUCACCAAGACGUGCUGCAGCCGGCAGCCGGCCCGGGGAGGUGGAACGACCCAGACAUGUUAAUUAUUGGCAACUUUGGCCUGAGCCACGAGCAGUCCAAGUCGCAGAUGGCUCUCUGGGCCAUUCUCGCUGCUCCCCUCUUCAUGUCCAACGACCUGCGGACAAUCUCCAGGCCGGACACGUACAUCCUACAGAACAAGCUGCUGAUCAGGAUUAGCCAGGAUCCGCUGGCGAUUCAGGGCCGUAUGCUACUGCAGGGUAAGAACGAGAUUCAGGUGUGGAUGCGGCCACUGUCCUCGUCGACCAUGGCCAUCGCUUUCUUCAGCCAGCGCACUGACAUGCCUUACCACUACACCACGUCUCUCAGCCAGCUCAACAUCACUGCUCCAAAGAUGUUCUCGAUGCUGGAUGUUUAUUCGGGCCGGGGCUUCCACAACCUGGAAUUUGACAGCAAGUUCACUGUCACCGUCAACCCAAGCGGAGUGGUUAUGCUCUACGUGUAUCCAGGAGACCAGCAGCAGCAGCCGAACAGAAGGCCCGAAGCCUACCCAGUGUUGCUGUGAAGGGGCCUCUAUCACCAUGGCAACUGAAGGCCCAAAGCCUGUUACUGUGAAGGAGCCUCCAUCACCACGGCAACAGAAGGCCCAAAGUCCACCCUCUGCUGCACUGAAGCAGCUUUAAUCGCUAUGGAGGUAUCUGGUCUUCAAUUCCAGUUUGGUGUAUUAACUCUUUGAAUACACAUCUGAUUUGCAAAUUGAGCAUAUUUCAUGCUUUUAUGAUUGGGCUUUUCAGAAGGGGUCGCUAUUCCCUUUUGCCUCUUUUGAUGGUUUAUGUUUAAUUCAGUCUUCCUGUGAUUAUGCUGCUUCUGCUGGUCAAAAGGCUAAGCAGUCAAUUUGGAAUUCCUGCACUAGAUCUCAUGGUCACUGCUGAACAGCGAAUGUUCAGACUCUCAGGUAAAAGUACUCAUCUCUAUAGGGAGGCCAUUCAGCCCAUC